UGCGACUCGAGUACUGUGCUUCUUGCACUAUACUCGAACAUUUGACAGAGCAAAGCUCUUGGAAUACCAGCAGCAAAGCGCUCGUCUCAGAAAUGGAUACUCGCAAACGAAAGAAAAAGGUCCUGUUGAUGGGCAAGAGUGGAUCGGGAAAGUCGUCCAUGCGAUCCAUCAUCUUCAGCAACUAUGUCGCAAAGGACGUCCGGAGACUGGGGGCGACUAUCGAUGUCGAACACAGCCAUGCCAAAUUCAUGGGCAACUUGACGUUGAAUCUAUGGGACUGUGGAGGACAAGAUGCUUUCAUGGACUCCUACCUUAACGCGCAACGGGAGAACGUCUUCUCCGACGCCGAAGUCCUGAUAUACGUGUUCGACAUCGAGUCGAGGGCGGUGGAACAGGAUCUCGAGACGUACAGUCAGGUCAUCAAGGCUUUGAAAGAGUUCAGUCCGGAGGCACACGUUUUUUGUCUGAUCCACAAGAUGGACCUGGUACAGCACGAGCUGAGGGAGAGGAUCUACGAGGAGAGGUGCCGCCUGAUCACGGCCAGGUCCGAGGGCCUGAGCCUCGAGACGUUCGCCAGCAGCAUCUGGGACCAGACGUUGUACAAGGCCUGGGCGGGCAUCGUGCACAAGAUGAUCCCGAACCUGGUCGUCAUCGAGAAGUUCCUCGAGGCGUUUGCGAGACAACUCCGGGCCGAGGAGAUUGUCCUGUUUGAGCGGUCGACCUUUCUCACCGUCACAAACGUCGUCACGCACUACGGCGAGGACAACCCGAACCACGACAGGCACGAACGCAUCUCGAACAUCAUGAAGAGUUACAAGCACACGGUGGCGAGGAACACGAGGACGACAGCCGCCAGUGCCGGGUUUCUGUUGUUCAAGGUUCAGACCCCGAGGUUCAAUUGUUUCCUCGCCCGGUUCACCGAAAACACCUACAUCUACGUCGUCAUCCCACCCGGGGAAGCCGCUUUCAACUGUGCCGUUCUCAACACCAUGAUGGCGAGAGAUGUCUUUAAGAAAAAGACGGGUGUUGAGGGAUGAAGAAAAAAACCACCGGGAAACUGCUAUUAAUUUCGUCUCCUCCGAACACCUUUAUGCUGAGAUGUCAUACCGCACAUCUCUUGUCGGCACGAAAGGCUCAGAGAAAGCGCACGCGAGGUCUCACUCUAUCUUGAGACGGCGUUUUAUACAUGCAAUCUUGCUGUAUUGGCAAUAGUGUCUUGAGUCGCAGAGCAACACUAACAAAGAUCAUUCUGGCUCAGACCAUCAAUUGGGAGCUCACUGCAAUGGAGCUUCUCUCCCCAAGACCACUACCACAAAUCUGGCUCGACAUAUGUAUCACACUACAUUCUCGCACCCAGUUUUUUAUCCUUCCAUGGUGCGAGACUUGUCUCGACUUUGAGCAUCUCCUCACGACAGAAUACGAGAUUCGCCUGGGACUACGGAGUAGCAUUCGUGACGGACCAGACGCUAGCAAGGGUGGCUGGAGAGCACUUCACCGGGAACCAGUACCGCAAGAAGCACGAGUGCAAGUUUACUUGUCAAAUUGAACCGGCUUCUGUGGGGUACUCGUAUUCGCAGGACGUGCGGAUCUUCCUGUGUUUCCGUGAGUUCACGCUCACGAGCUUUUUCAUCGCGUGGAAACUGUGUGAUAGAUCAGACCUGUGUACGAGCACAUAUGGGUUGGCCAUUGCGAAUGAAAGGAGGUACGUAGAAGGAAGAUUUGUGGGUGACGAAGAACGGGACAGGAGGAUAGCAGUCCGCAACCCGUCAAUGUACAGUGUACGAAUAUAGCGCGAAGAACAUACGUAGUGGACAAAAUCAGACACGGCUUUAUUC